CAGUCGGGCUCACCAAGCGAGAGGCCAGCACUAGCCCGUGACCGAGCUCAUCUCCAGCCGAUGGUACAUUGAGUCGAAGCAUGUGUCACGGCCGUUCCAUUGCUGGUGGCGUGUGCAGAUUUCGCUGAUACUUAACCGACAAGCGUUGAGCCUGACGCUGUGGAUUGCGUCUGACACCGACUUGCGCCUCUACCCAGCAGGACUCAGCCCUCCGAGGAGCAGAUCAACCUACUCAUUGCUUGGAUAUGGCGUCUUCCAGGGAAAAUACGUCUGUCAUUGUUGUUGGCGGCGGCGGUACCAUUGGCUCUUCGACAGCUCUUCAUCUGGUCCGUUCAGGCUACACACCAUCGAACAUCACCGUCCUGGAUACAUAUCCCAUCCCAUCAGCACAGUCGGCUGGCAAUGACUUGAACAAAAUCAUGGGCAUCCGCUUGCGGAACAAGGUCGACCUCCAGCUGAGUCUAGAAGCGAGGCAAAUGUGGAAAGAAGACGAUUUGUUCAAAGAAUAUUUCCACAAUACCGGACGACUCGACUGCGCAAAUGGCGAAAAGGGAGUGGAAGACUUGAAACAAGCAUACCAAGCUCUUCUAGAUGCCAAUGCUGGUCUUGAAGAAACAAUUGAGUGGCUGGACUCUGAGGACGAAAUUCUGAAGAAAAUGCCGCUUUUAGACCGAAAGCAGAUCAAGGGCUGGAAGGCAGUCUAUAGCCGAGACGGCGGCUGGCUCGCAGCAGCAAAAGCCAUCAACGCGAUAGGCAAGUACUUGUGUGGUCAGGGAGUCAAGUUUGGUUUUGGUGGAGCGGGAUCGUUCAAGCAGCCUCUACUUGCCGAGGGAGUGUGCAUUGGUGUGGAGACAGUCGAUGGCACGAAGUACUAUGCGGACAAGGUGGUGCUAGCAGCUGGUGCUUGGAGCCCCGUCUUGGUCGAUUUGGAAGAACAAUGUGUUUCAAAGGCGUGGGUAUAUGCCCACAUCCAGCUUACACCCAAAGAAGCAGCAGAGUAUAAAAACGCGCCCGUAGUAUACAACGGCGAUGUUGGCUUCUUUUUCGAGCCCGAUGAGCAUGGUGUCAUCAAGGUUUGCGACGAGUUUCCUGGCUUUACUCGCUUCAAACAACACCAGCCAUAUGGGACAAAGGCACCAAAACGCAUCUCUGUGCCCAGAUCAGCCGCAAAACAUCCGUCAGACACGUAUCCUGAUGCCUCUGAAGUGAGCAUCCGCAAGGCCAUUGCAACCUUUCUGCCUAGGUUCACCAAGAAGGAGCUGUUCAACAGACAUUUGUGUUGGUGUACGGAUACGGCUGAUGCUGCGCUCUUGAUAUGCGAGCAUCCUGAAUGGAAGAAUUUUGUACUUGCUACUGGGGACAGCGGCCAUACAUUCAAGCUGCUACCGAAUAUUGGAAAGCAUGUCGUUGAGUUGCUCGAAGGCACGCUAGCAGAUGAUCUGGCGCAUGCAUGGAGGUGGCGGCCUGGUACGGGUGAUGCGCUCAAGUCGAGGAGAGCAGCACCAGCGAAGGAUCUUGCAGACAUGCCUGGGUGGCGGCAUGAUGAGUGGGCCACGUCUAAGUUGUAG